AUGGUCUCUAAAGCCAUGCGCCAGAUCAUUCUGAUCGGUGUCAUCUGCUUCGGCACCAUUGGAAUGUUCAAUGCCAUGUCCUCCAUUGGCAACGCUGGCAAACACUCACCCACCGCCCAAAACCUCGCUGUCACCUCGUCUUCGAUCACCUAUAUUUUCGGAUUCCUCGCUGCUGGGGGAACACACAAUAUGCUUGGGCCAAGGCUUUGUGUAGCCUUCGGUGGACUUUCUUUUUUCCUCUACGCCGGCGGCAUGAUGCUCGCCAAGGACAACGAACACUCGCUCUAUCCACCCCUCGUUGGCAUCCUCCUCGGCCUCGGUGCAGGUCUCAUCUGGGUCACCCAGGGCGCAAUGAUGAUGUCCUAUCCAACAGAAGACAACAAGGCUUGUUUCUGGGCCAUCUUUAACCUCGGCGCCGUCCUAGGCUCAGUCUUUCCGCUUGUCAUGAACAGCGCCCCAGGCAUGGAUCCCGACGACGUCUCGUCUUCAACCUACAUUGUCUACAUGGUCAUCAUGGGUCUCGCCACUUUCCUAGCCAUCUUCCUCGUCCGCCCCUCCAGUAUUGUUCGAGACAACGGCGAGCCCGUUAUUGUCGCAAAGUUUGCAGGUGUCAAAGCCGAGUUCCUCGCCAUCCUCUCGGUCUUUUGCGACUGGCGAAUGCUUCUCUUGAUCCCAGCAUUCUUCUUCUCCAACUUCUCAUACACCUAUCAGUUCAACGACUUCAACGGCUUCAACUUCAACAUCCGGACUCGCUCGCUCAAUUCGAUACUCUUUUGGGUUGCACAAAUCAUUGGCGCCCUCAUGAUUGGAUACCUGCUGGAUCGGUUACCCAUGAAGAGGCCCAGGAGAGCCAUGCUCGGGCUGAUCGUCAUUGCAGCACUUUUCAUGGCCACCUGGAUCGGCGCCCUUAUCAUGCAGCUCAGACAUAAGUGGGAGCGGAAGGUCUCCAACAGCUCCGAGCUCAUUGAUUACGAGCACGCCGACAGCUAUCCAGGACCGCUUUCCAUCUAUGCAAUGUUCGGUUUCUGUGAUGCAGCCUUUGCGGUCUACUGUUACUGGCUCAUGGGCGCUCUCUCCAACAAGCAUGACGAGCUAUCAAGGUACGCAGGAUUCUUCAAGUCGAUUCAAUCGCUCGGGGGUGCUGUUGCUGCACCAUUGGAUCUCGCCCAGACGCCUUUGCUUGCCUAUCUUAUCACCAACUGGAUCCUGUGCGGUUUCUCGAUCGCAGCUAUGUUUCUGGUCUGCAGGACCAUCACCGACACCACCGUUGACAAUGGCGAAGAUGAAGAGGGCGGGAACGAUGAGGAGGAGGGGAUCGUCUUCAAUGACGGAUCGAACGACAUGGCCGUCGCCAACCUUACAGCAUCCCCAUCAUCAGAUCCGGAGAAGCGUCUCUCGCCCCACAAGAGCGCCGCUCAUGGCUGA